GAUUAAGGGGCACGCGGGGGGCAAAGUACCGGCCAUGGCAGCAGCGGAGGAGGAGGACGGGGGCCCCGAAGGGCCAAAUCGCGAGCGGGGCGGGGCGGGCGCGACCUUCGAAUGUAAUAUAUGUCUGGAGACUGCUCGGGAAGCUGUGGUCAGUGUGUGUGGCCACCUGUACUGUUGGCCCUGUCUCCAUCAGUGGCUGGAGGCACGGCCAGAGCGCCAAGAGUGCCCAGUGUGUAAAGCUGGGAUCAGCAGAGAAAAGGUUGUCCCCCUUUACGGGCGAGGGAGCCAGAAGCCCCGGGAUCCCAGGGCCAGCGACCCGCUCCAGAGAGCAGAGGGGGAUUCCAGCCAUUUGGCGAUACUGGGGGCUUUCACUUCUCAUUUGGUGUUGGCGCUUUUCCCUUUGGCUUUUUCACCACCGUCUUCAAUACCCACGAGCCAUUCCGUCGGGGUACAGGUGUGGAUCUGGGACAGGGUCACCCGGCCUCUAGCUGGCAGGACUCCCUCUUCCUGUUUCUCGCCGUCUUCUUCUUUUUCUGGCUGCUCAGUAUUUGAGCUGUGUCUCCUUCCUGCCCACCUCCAGCCAGAGGAAAAUCAGUAUUGGGGGUCCCUGCUGACCCUUCCUUACUCCCGGACCCUCCCCUGUAAGCCCUCCAUUUUUGUUGGCUAAGGGCAACCCUGGCCACUUUCCAGGAGGGUGUGGGGAGGAGGAGUGACACCUGUGCGUGGAACGGGAGAACCUUUGCUCUGAACUGCUCGCUCAGUGGCAUCGUAACUCUGGGAGAGGAGGACGGACUGAAGACAAGGUCUGUCUCCCCUCUCUCCUGAUCCUUUGCUUUCCCCCACAUUUCUUGAUUUGAUGUUGAAAGGUGGGCAAGGCCCCUCUGACUCUCCCCCAUAUUCCCCUUGUUGAUUUAAUUUAAUUUUUCUCUCCCCGCUGUCUAAUGUGUGUCCUGACUCUUAAGUGCUUCCUUCCCCUCACUACCUCCUUUAUUACAAAUUCAAUAAACAAGGUGAGAUGUA